AUGGCGGAGAGAGCCUUUACAAAACCUCCUUCACCAACCCGGCGUGGCGGAGUGCCGAAACUCUGUUUCGCCCUCCUGGCGACCGGCAGAGAACUUGCAGCCAGUCUUGCGAGUUGUGAAUCGCAUCUCUCAAACUCUCAAGCAUCCGACGUUGAAGAGCCUUCGUUUUCGCAGCCUUCUCGCUUCGCCGUCGCUUCCUUGUUCUUCACCAUUCGCAUUCCCUACCUCCGGUCUGCUUGUUCAGUCCAAUACUUACCUGGACUUAUUGGCGGCGAAUGCAUUACUGCUGUGGGGUUUCUAUUAAAUCGAUGCCGUAGAGGCCUAGACCUUGCACCUCGUCUUCUUGGUAAGAUCCUACGGAGGGACGAAGAUAUUGUGCAUGGUUGUGAUGGCUCAGUUUUGCUCGAUGAUACGGCCAAUUUUACUGGAGAGAAAACAGCUUUUCCAAACAAAAAUUCACUGAGAGGUUUCGAUGUGAUCGAUAGCAUAAAGUCACAGGUCGAGGCUGUCUGCACUCAGAUAGUUUCUUGUGCUGAUAUUCUUGCUGUAGCUGCUCGUGACUCCGUUGUUGCUUUGGGGGGGCCUUCAUGGACGGUGAAGCUUGGGAGAAGAGACUCAACUACAGCAAGUCUCAGCACGGCCAAUAGUGAUCUUCCUGGUCCAAAUCUUGACUUGAGUGCUCUCAUCACAGCUUUUUCCAACAAAGGCCUCUCCACUACGGACCUCAUCGCCCUCUCAGGAGCUCACACAAUUGGUCAGGCAAGAUGCGUUACAUUUCGCAACCGAAUCUACAAUGAAACAAACAUAGACUCUUCAUACGCCAGCUCGUUACAAGCCAACUGCCCAAGUGUUGGAGGAGACGAUAAUUUCUCAGAUCUCGACGUCCAGACUCCAACUACGUUCGACAACAACUACUAUGUGAAUUUAGUUAACAACAAGGGUCUUUUACACUCAGAUCAGCAGCUCUUUAAUGGAGGAUCUACAGACUCUCAAGUGAAAUCCUACACAACAAAUUCUGAUCAGUUCUCUACUGACUUUGCUGCGGCAAUCAUCAAUAUGGGGGAUUUGAAUCCUCUCACAGGCACACAAGGGGAGAUCAGGAUUAGUUGCAGAAAGAUUAACUAGCUAGUAUGUUGAAUCAUGAAUGUUUUAAAUAAUAUAUAUAAAUGUAACAAUGUUGGAUUAUUAGCUAUCUACUACAUCAAUGCUAUAUGUUCCUUUGUUAUGUUAUCAGUUUUAAUUUGUUAAGGCCAUUAAGUUGUGGCUUAGUGUACAAGGAGUAUAGUGAUGGCUGUUUUGUCACUGGUAGUGCAAAGCA